AGGAGCAGUUGAGUCUGAGCAUGCUAUAUCAUUGGUGGACUAAUUUGCAACGUCGUCGAUGCUAGAAAAUGACGGUCAAACUAUCGCUACAGAUGUGGAUCACCACCUUAUUACACUAGAGGGCAGACAGUCAGUUGAAACGUAAGUGAUUUCUUCCCACUCCUGAGACGCUCGGGUAAACUUGGAGAUGCCCCUCACUGCGGCUGGUCUCGCAAGGUGGGGGUACAGAAAUAUAUAGAGUACCCCUCCAUUGGCAGUCGCGGUAGGAUGAUUUAGAAACAGUAUCGUAUCCAUUGUGUAUAACCGCAUCCCCCUAAUCUUUGACUUCCGCCUGCUCUGAAAGGAAACCGUAAAAUGUCCAAAUACGACCAGUACACGGGCUUCCAAGUCCACUCGGCAGAUACCUGGACUACGUUUCACAAGAACAAGUUCGACGUGCAGCCAUUCGGCGAGCACGAUGUCGAGAUAAAGAUCGAGUGUUGUGGUGUCUGUUCCAGCGAUGUUCACACCAUCAGCGGCGGCUGGGGUGAACAGAAGUUUCCUCUGGCAGUCGGUCACGAAAUUGUUGGCAAGGCAAUUCGCGUAGGCCCCAAGGUCACACUCAUUAAGGAAGGCGAGCGCGUGGGGGUUGGUGCCCAGUCAUGGUCUUGCGGAGAGUGUCGGCAAUGUAAAAACGAUAACGAAACAUACUGCCCUAAGCAAAUGGACACAUUCGGCGCUGUCUGGCCGGAUACUGGAAUUGUUUCCCAGGGUGGUUACUCGUCACAUGUACGGACACAUGAGCAUUGGGUAUUUCCAAUCCCCGACGAGAUACCGAGCCACCUAGCAGCGCCGAUGAUGUGUGCUGGUAUUACCAGCUACAGCCCGUUGGUACGCAAUGGAGCUGGUCCAGGGAAGAAAGUCGGCGUAGUUGGUCUCGGAGGGCUUGGGCACUUUGGUGUUUUAUUUUCGAAAGCCUUGGGCGCUGAGACCUGGGUCAUCUCUCGAUCCCACAGCAAGGAAGCAGACGCAAAGGCCAUGGGGGCCGACGGAUUCCUAGCAACCCAAGACAAGGAAUGGAAUAAGGACCAUCUGAUGACGUUUGAUCUGAUCAUCAGCACCGCCAACAACUUUGGCGAAGGUUUCGAUCUGGCUGCAUAUCUCGCCCUUUUAGACGUUCAUGGCAAAUGGGUAUCUGUCGGCCUGCCAGAGGAUGCAGACCUUACAAUCAAGCCCCAGAGUUUCAUGUCUAAUGGUUGUUUGAUUGGCGCCUCGCAUCUUGGUAGCCGAAAAGAAAUGCUUGCUAUGUUGAAGCUAUCAGCUGAAAAGGGUAUCAAGUCAUGGGUUGAAACUGUUCCAAUUAGCGCUGAAAACCUGUCGACCACUGUACAAAGACUCCACAAGAAUGAUGUCCGGUAUAGAUUCACGAUGGUCGACUAUGAGAAGGAAUUCGGGGCCUAAAAUCAAAACAUAGAUGCUUUACUUCAUAUUAUACAGUAUUCCAACUGGAGGAUGUCUGGUCUCGCGAGCCGGGUGUUUCCAAAGGAGGCCCCU